ACAAGGUAAAACACUUUGCUCUUCUUCGCUAUUAAGCUUUGCUGCACUUCACACUAGCAGGCUACACAAACAAGGCCGCUCUCUCUGUGUCCCCCACUUUCAAUCUUCCUCUUACAAACCAGAGAUGGGAGAAGGAAAGGGCUCCACCCUCGUUCACCUUCUGGUCGUAGUCCUUUGCUUGGUCGCCUUCGGCUUCGCCAUUGCUGCUGAGAGAAGAAGAAGUGUUGGAACGGUUGUUAAAGAUAACAUAUCGAAUUCCACAUAUUGUGUCUACAACUCGGAUGUUGCAACUGGCUAUGGAGUUGGUGCUUUCUUGUUUCUUCUUUCAGGAGAAUCCCUGUUGAUGGGAGUUACGAAGUGCAUGUGCUUUGGAAGACCAUUAGCACCGGGUGGUGACCGAGCUUGGUCUAUCAUCUAUUUUGCUUCAUCAUGGUUGACGUUCUUGGUUGCGGAAGCAUGUCUAAUAGCGGGUGCAACAAGGAAUGCCUAUCACACCAAGUAUCGCGGGAUGAUUUAUGCCCAGAAUUUCUCCUGUGAAACAUUGAGGAAAGGCGUCUUUAUAGCUGCAGCUGUGUUUGUGGUCACGACAAUGGUUCUCAACGUAUACUACUACAUAUAUUUCACCAAGGCAACCACCACGACACCGGCUCACAAGGCGAACCGCACUAAUCCAAGUGUCGGGCUGACCGGUUAUGCAUAAAGAUUAAAUUUACUCGAUUAAAGAAGUUAGGCAGAUUAGUGUUUGAGCCCGAUUGACAUUAUAAUAAAAAACUGUACUUGUUAUGCUCGUAGCUUUACGAGUGACGUUAUGGUGCAGGUAAUGAAUGUUCAGUGUCGAUGGAGCGAUAGAUUUGCUAAGAACAAUGUACGUAAUGAUUAAUGAAAUGCAUAUGGGUAUGAGCAGGUAUGGAUUUUUUUA